CGGAGCCGGCGGCGUCCGGCUGGCCUGGCUACGCCUCCCGGGGCGCCUCUGCCGCGCCCGUUGGCGGAAGCCGCGUUCCCCCCGGCAGGAGACGCUCUAAUUGAGGGCGCCGGCGGAGCGCACCCGCUUUCGCCCGCUCGCCGACCGGCUCUCCUCCUGCCGCAGGAGCGGCGCACCGCGCUCCCCGGGCCAUGCAGCGUUUAGCCAUGGACCUGCGGAUGCUCUCCCGGGAGCUCUCCCUUUACCUGGAGCACCAAGUCCGGGUUGGAUUUUUCGGUUCGGGGGUGGGUUUAUCCCUGAUCCUGGGCUUCAGCGUCGCCUAUGCCUGCUACUACCUGAGCAGCAUUGCCAAGAAACCCCAGUUAGUGACGGGAGGAGAGAGUUUCAGCCGCUUCCUGCAGAACCACUGUCCGGUGGUGACAGAAACGUAUUACCCUACGGUCUGGUGCUGGGAAAGUCGAGGACAGACACUGCUGAGACCUUUCAUCACUUCCAAGCCGCCGGUGCAGUACAGGAAUGAACUUAUUAAAACUGCUGAUGGAGGACAGAUUUCACUGGACUGGUUUGAUAAUGAUAACAGUGUGUGCUAUACGGAUGGCAGCACCAGACCUACUAUCUUAUUGUUGCCUGGCCUCACUGGAACAAGCAAGGAAUCCUAUAUCCUUCAUAUGAUCCAUCUCAGUGAAGAAUUGGGAUACAGAUGUGUGGUUUUUAACAACAGAGGAGUGGCAGGAGAGAAUCUCUUGACACCAAGGACUUACUGUUGUGCUAACACUGAAGACUUGGAGACGGUUAUUCACCAUGUCCACAGCCUGUACCCUUCUGCUCCUUUUCUGGCAGCUGGGGUUUCAAUGGGAGGAAUGCUGCUUCUAAAUUACCUGGGCAAAAUUGGGCCCAAAACUCCAUUGAUGGCAGCUGCCACUUUUUCAGUUGGUUGGAAUACUUUUGCUUGCUCAGAGUCAUUGGAGAAACCACUGAACUGGCUGCUUUUUAAUUACUAUUUGACAACUUGCCUCCAGUCUUCAGUUAAUAAGCACCGCCAUAUGUUUGUAAAACAAAUUGAUAUGGAUCAUGUCAUGAAGGCAAAGUCUAUCAGAGAGUUUGAUAAGAGAUUCACUUCUGUCAUGUUUGGAUACCGAACAAUAGAUGAUUAUUAUACUGAUGCCAGCCCAAAUCGUAGACUGAAGUCAGUAGGAAUUCCAGUGUUGUGCCUGAAUUCUGUGGAUGAUGUUUUCUCACCCAGUCAUGCUAUUCCAAUAGAAACCGCUAAACAAAACCCUAAUGUUGCUUUGGUCCUUACUUCUUAUGGAGGCCAUAUUGGUUUUCUGGAGGGAAUCUGGCCAAGGCAAUGCACUUACAUGGAUCGAGUCUUCAAGCAGUUUGUGCAGGCCAUGGUUGAGCAUGGACAUGAACUUUCUAGCAUGUAGCCCUUUGUGUGCAUUAUGUCUGAACAUCAUUGUAAAGGCAACUCAGCUUAGUGCACAAAUUUUAACUACUGUAUAUAAAGCAAAUAAGCCAGCAGAUGGGUGAAGAGGUCCAGAAUGACAUGCAAAAACUACUUUUUAGGAAAACAAAACAACUUUGUAGCAAGAAAUUAAAUAUAGUUUAGAUUAUUACUUACGUAGAUUUUAUUUUUACUAUGCCUUACCAAGUAUGACCUUAAAUAAAGUAGUCUUUACCUACGUGGAAUUGCACUUAACCAAAACUAUUGUGUAAAAAGAUUUUAAUUCCUCAGGGUUUUAAUUUAGGCUAGUAUUUUUUAGAUUACUUAUUUUAGAUGAUUUAAUGGUACUUUAAUAACUGGUAAGAAGAGAUUUUGGUUAUUUGAAUGUAAGUUAUAAGUUGGCACAUUCCUAAGGGUAUUUAUACUUUAAUGAUGAUAACAUGAAAACUGAAAUAAAAUACAAUGCGCUAAGUCUUCUAUGUAUUUUUACUUUCACAGGCAAGUGCAACAAUGUUAGACUGACUUCUAUACAUGCUCUUUUACUCUGAUAACAUUAAAUUAGGGCUGAUUUGUUUUAUACUGAUUAUAAUUUACAUGCUUAUUUUUAAAAUAGUAUAUGCACAUACAUGUAUAUCAUAUUAAAAUAAAUUCUCUCAUUUUAA